GUACACACAAACUAUGAAAUUUGCGUUGCAUUCAAUUGCAAUUUCAAUUUGUACCAGAAGGCUGUACCUAUGCAGUAAGGAUGAUGACAUCGCUUUAACAUCCAUCGUAGCUGUGAUGGUGGUGACUGUUACUAUAUCUCUGAAAAGGUGUGGUGUAGGACCUUGUUACGUGAAACUGAAUGGAUACUGUGUCUCCCCUGUGUAAAAGAGAUCAAAAUGCAGAAUACUAGCAGUCGUGAGAUGAUUAAAUGGUAUUCUUGGAUUAUCUUCAUUACUCUUGGCGUUAUCGCGCAAGAUAUUUCAUACAAAGAUAUUGCCCCAGAGCUUCGAGAAUGUUACGACAAUAAGUAUCUUUAUGAAAAGGAUAAUAGAUUACCACAUACUUUGAAUACAUUGAUCGCACUUAUUCGUAAAAUUGAAAAUGCCGAAGGCUUGUUGAAUAUGGAUUUACGGACUUUAACUAUUGGAAUUAUGCAUAGAUUUCGCCAAGAUGGGAUAAUCGAAAAUCCAAAUGUCUCGAGACAACCUGGCGUGUCACCUUAUGCACCAAUGGAUGAACAAGCUGCAAAAUUUACACGAACUCUUUCCUUUAUACCGCAGAGAACUGCUGAGAUUCCACACGAAGUACUUACAAAUGUCGAAAAGUGCACUCUUCAUUUUAUGCUGUCUGAUUCUAUCGAAAUUUUUGAAAGAGGUGAUGAAAACGUAGUAUGUAAAUUUACAAAUGAUUUAUACAGAAGAGCAAGAAGUGUGAACAGCAAUCAUUCCAUUAAAGAGAAUUUUAAUAUUCAUGACGUAGAAACCUUAACGCCUGAGCAGAUUGACGUUAUCACAAACCACAAGGAUGUAGCCACAGAAGAUACUAUUGAUCCGAAUGCGUUGUAUCCAGAGUUACCACCGAAUCAUCCAAAAGUCGCUCGAGUUCUUUCAAUGCCACCAUACAGUAAUUGUCCUGUAGAAAAUGGCAUUAUAAAAACAAUCUGGGGUCCUGUUUCCAUCGGAUCAGUAAUCGCUGGUAUAGCCGCUGGAUUGCAACCUGAAACGGUAAAAUUAUCAGAUUUAUUUCCACGCGAUGUACAACAGAAGCCAUAUCUAUCAAAAUUAUCGGUGGAUAAUAAAUGGAUUGCAACUAUAUCUGGAGAUUUAGCUGAAGUUACUUUGAUACAAGGCCCUACGGGGCGAAAACUAAAAGUUGGCGUAAGUGGAAAUUGGAACUCCUCGGCUAUCCCCCGUUGGUACUUCCUUAAAUAUAACGAUUCGUUAGAAUUUACAACAGCGGAGAUCAGAGGAGGUCUCGACGGAUUAAUCCUUGCUAAUGAGGUCGAAUUUUUGUACUCGAAAAUACCCACUUUAAAAUUAUCGCAAAUUUUGGACAUGUAUUACAGUGCUCACGGUUUAUUUGAUCAUUCAAUUAGAGCGUGCAAUCGAGGAUCAUUAUUUACAGCACUUUCAUCUAACGCAUCUGAGACGAUGGCUAUGCAGUCAUAUAGUGCUUCCUUGGUGUUAAAACAAGAUUUACAAACAGCUACAAUGGACGACAAUGUGAUAGAAGAUUUUGCGAAGAUAGCAGCGAAUGAGCUAUCUACGAAUGCCAUUCCUUCAAUGCAUAGUGAUUUAUCAUGUAAAGAUACGGAAACAGGUGAUUUUAAAGAUACUGUUCAAAUCUCUGCUGAUUUGACAAUUAUUCUCGAUACAAUGUGGCCUUUCAAUUUGAUACAACCAAUCAUUGCAAAUCUGCUGGACAAUAUGAAAAUAAAUCAGUAUAACAGUCAGUUUACCAUCAUCAAUGGUAAUAAUGGUAAUAUUAUGAUGAAUAUUACCAACAAUAUUUUAGAUUUUAGUUAUUAUAAUAUAACAAAUUAUGAAAACGUUACCAGUUCUUCAGCUGGUUUUGACCUUGCUAAAUCACUCGACAAAUUGGAAUCUAUCCAGACGAUAAAAUUAAAUAAUGAACGUAGCGGUCUUGGAAAUGGAAAGUCCGAUAUAAUUUUAAUUAUUCCAUAUACAUCAUCUGUUCCUGACCCAGACAAGGAAUAUUGUAAACAACAAUUAAACAGGAUGCGAGAGCAAGUUCCAGAUGCUACAAUACUUGUAUUAACUUACGGCCCAAAAGAGAGAUGGUCAGAUUAUGUAAAUGAUAUAACAACUGACUUGUUUUCUGCCGCUAUAAGCGAAAAUCAAGACGGAGCUUUACAGACAGUCCUUCAAUUAAUUACAAGAAUAAGACAAGUUCCUCAGCGUUUGAUCAAUACAGAAUGCGGAGCCAAUUAUUCUCCCGCCGGAGCUACCAAUUCAUUUGACGGUUAUAUUGAACCAAAUACGGUUAUUUAUUACAGAUUGCAUCCCAAUUAUUUCUAUUCUAGCGAUUCGUCACAUUAUUCAACAAUAAAAAUCGAACCAUCUGUUUGGGGUAUACUAAAAGUAUGCACAUCACGACAACCUAUGAAUGUUGAUUCUCCAGAAGGUGAGAAUGUACAAUGUACACUAAUAUCUGAUAAGGCGUUUACAGUUUCAUUUUCCUGUAAUGAAGCUCAGUACAUACACUCUUGUCAACCGUUCUAUAUGUCGAUAAUUGCCAAUUCUUCAGCCGAACCCUAUGAAUGCACAGACAUACUGUUUUGCAGAUUUCCUCACAUGAUAAAAUACAAAGUUCAUUAUGAGAAUUUGAUUUGCACGAGUAGUGCAAAUAUAAAUUUGUUUAAUAUCGUCCUUCUAAUUACGACCAUAAUUUAUUUGAUAGAUUUCUAUUCUUCAUAAUUGGUAUUUUUGUAAUGUGCGAUACGAAAGUGUUAUAUAGAUUAGUGUUAUAUAGAAAGUGUUAUAUAGAUUAUUUUUACUAGCAAAUUCAAAAUCAUCGACACAUUUCAGUAGAAUUAAAUCAGAAUUAGGUACCAGUUGUAUAUAAUGCAUAUUAAUACAUUUUUAGAAGAAAUAACGUAGCAUCAUACAACAUUUUUUAGGCAUUAUGUUACUUUUAUAUACAAAUGUUAAGAUUAAGACAG